UCAGCUUAAGAGAGUGCUAAAAGCAAACAAUAUCUUCCGAAAGAAAAAUUUCACUGAUAUGCCACAAGUCAUCAGUGCAGUCAAGAAUGUGCUAGAAAGUGCAAGUGGAUGUGAUAAAUGGUACCGCUACGUUGCCAAGGUACUGCGUGACGAUCAUGGACUUAGAGUGCGCAGAGAUGACAUUCGUCUUUUACUUGGCAUCAUGGACCCGGAGGGUGUUGCUUAUCGGAAGAAAAAUUGCUUUAGAAGACGGCAGUAUGUCAACAAAGGGCCCAACUACAUGUGGCAUGUGGAUGGAAAUGGCAAGUUAAAGCCCUAUGGGUUUGCAAUUCAUGGUGCUAUUGAUGGGUUUUCACGUCGGAUUCUAUGGUUAGAAGUUGCUGCCACAAACAAGAAGCCAGAACUUGUUGCAAAAUUUUUCUUAAAGCCUGUCAAAGAGCUAAAAG